UGCACCAACAAAACACAGACGGUAGGUUGUCAUGUCUGCAGUUUAAUGGUUUCCGUGCGGGGGACAACAACGCUGCAGCCCAGGCCCUCCAAACACAGUGAACGGUUUCUCAACGUCUACACAGCUCGAGGUGGACGCCGUCUGGUGAGAUAUGGCGGAGGGAGGCUUUGACCCUUGUGAGUGCAUCUGCACCCACGAGUAUGCUAUGAGGCGCCUCAUCAACCUGCUCAGGCAAUCUCAGUCCUACUGCACAGACACCAACUGCCCUCAGGAAUUGCCGGGUCCCAAUGGGCCGAUCGGCGGUGACCUGACCCUCCCCAUGGUUCUGAUGGGAUGGGCGGUGCUGGCUCUGCUCCUGUUCCUGUUGCGCCCAUCCAGUCUCAGGGGCAGCCGUCCCACAGGCAAACCUCACGGACCCCACAAUCGCAAUGGAAGAGAGCCUCCAGCGCCCCCUAUCGACUAGCAGUGGAGAGCACCAGCACUCACUCACCUGCACUGACUGGAGCUGCAGUCAGCCAGCGACUGUGACAAAGGGACAGCGUCAUCUCCCCUUCAUUCAAAUAUCUUUUGCUUUUCUCCUACUUUAUUGCCACUGUUUUUUUUGUGAUGGAUUUGUCUAUGACUCCUGUCACUGGAGCCCAACUGAUCUGAAUAACGACGACGUUUUUUUUCCAUCUUGAAUUAAAAAUAUAUAAUUAGUAACGUUGUUGUUUUGUAUGUCUAAAGACGCAUACAAUCCAAUUUUGACUGAUAAUAUCGGCAUGUUAAUAUAUCAGUUGGGCUCUAAGUGGUAUUCGUAGUCUUUAAUCAGAAGGCGGGGCGUUGUUCAAGUGCUUGCUAAGCGUUGAAGGGUGGUGGGUCUCUCUCUGAAACAUUCCUCUCUUUCCACUUCUAAGUCACAACUCUAUAAACGGUGCCAGUAAUGAUGUCAUAUCACGUAGUGUUUUAAUAGCACAUUUAAACCAGCAUAAUGAUUAACGCAAUGAAUUUACAUGGACGAAUACUAUUAUGAAUUAGGAUCACAGCAACACGCCGUUGAUUUCAAUACAGCCAAUCCAUCUUCUGUGUUUACACUCAGGCCUCAGUCCGAGUACAUACUCCAGCAAACAGUCCGGUGUGUUGUGUGAACGACGUCUCCGUAAACGCAUCUGUCCCUUUAAGCGACUGUUGGUUGUGUGACCGUGGUUGUAAGUUAUCUGGACCACCGAUCUGUUCAACAGGCUACAGUUGGACAGUCAAAUGCUCCCAUUUCACGUAGUUGAAAUGAACUGAAUUGCAGGCAUAUGUGUAUUAAGUGUGGUCAUUGUAAAACAAUAUACUCGGCACAAGCAUUUUAAUCAUAUCGAGAUGAUUCCAUGUACUGUCAUUAUUUAGUGGUUAAAAGAUGAAAAUAAGUCAAUUUUAUACUCAACUUAUUAGUAGCAGAGAAUCUUAUUUUGUUGUGGUAUGCCGUCUUCUUAUGAAGGCGUGUUGUGCUGAGUCAGCGGUCUAAAAUGGUGGAGGUGAGGGCCUGCAGUCUGUGGUUGAUUGGAGCAUUGAGUUUCUACUUCUACAACUUCGGUAUGAUGAUGAUGAUGAUGAUGAUGAUGUCAAACCAAUUUAAAGGAAAGGAGCUAGAAAACGGUGCCAAUGUUGAAGUUCUGGUCUCAAUACUGCGACAACUUCUUGUGAAAGAAGAGCAAUAUUUCGGUUCAUUUUUGAUAUAAAAUGAGAUCAGAAGAGGACGUGGGAAUGAUCUGGAGGUUCUCUCUUUACCGUGGUUUACAGGAUUUGUUGGUUUCUCUUGGUCCAGAGCUGCUAAAUGAGUGAUUCAUUUAAAAAAUAAAAAAAACAGUUUGUCAGCUAGAAGGUUUAAUUAGUGAACAGAACAAUAGAAAUCUCUAAUGCAGAGCAAUAUAGUGGUGAAUGUCUGGUGUUCUUUUACCCUGUAUGUAACUGUGGGUGGAUAUUUAUACCACUAUACAACAGCCUCAAAGUUACUUAAGAGUAUCAACACUUUCAUACAAUCUCAAGAAAAAUGGAACAUUAUAACAAGUGAAUGUUUUUUUUAUUGUUGGCUGUUGGAUUGCAGUACAUGAUGGGGGUUUCCUGGUUUCUCGUCAAUGACCUGAUCUUGGUUGUGCCCCUGUCAUGGCAACAUGGCUGUGGAAGUGUGUCUGGGCCUUGGAUUAUGUUUUCAGGGGCACUUGUGAUAUCAGAAUUUACGUGGAUUAGUCUUAAAAUUGAAGUGUCUCUCUUGAUAUACAUGGUGUAAGAGUUCAGAACCUGAAUAUCAUCUGUAAUAGCUUCUCUUAUUUUCCAUAUCAGCGAAUAAGGCCCUCUAAAGAUUUCUUCCCUAUGUCUUUCUAGACUCGGGAGGAGAUGGGGAAAGUUAAGUAAAACCUAAGACGGUGUGUAUAAUGAAGGGGGAAGCCAUACUAGGUUGUGAGAUGAACAAGUGGAUCAUCUGUUACCGCAGGAGACCACGAUUUACACUGUUUCAGUCUAAGAGAAAAAGGGCUUCAACUAUGCACUUUUCCUGUAACAAAACAAAAAUAAAUAAAAAUAAUUCAGUCA